AUGGGGGAACCAGUAGCCCUUAUGAUAGACUUCGGAAGCGUCAUAGAGCAUUCCUUUCCCUCCUCCGCCACAGGUACAAAUGGUGUCCAAGUGCACAGCGUGUUGGUGCCACAGCCUGGGAUCUCCGGCAGGGACGCCCAGCUGGAGUGCCGCUGGGCAGCUGGCACCAAGGGAUUCUACUCCGUCAGGUGGUAUAAAGACGGCGAGCAAUUCUACAGCUACAUCCCUCAAAAUCAGCCUGAGAAAGUGGAUCAUAAUUUGCCGGGCGUCAGUGUUUUCCUGUCGACUUCGGACGAGAACGUGGUGACCUUGAGGAAGAUCGACCUGUCUUCGGAGGGAACGUAUCGCUGCGAGGUCAUGAGCGAGGCGCCUACCUUCGAGACGUCCUUCGGGUCAGCCAACCUAACCGUCGUGCAGAUGCCACAGAACCCCCAAAUAACGGGGCUACAGAUUAAGUAUACUGAAGGGGAUACAUUGCGAAUCAACUGCACAGUGAGAGACUCUCGCCCUCCUGCCGUCAUCUCCUUUCGUGUCAACGGGAGAGAAGUGCAUCCGGAUUCAGGUCGAGUGAUAGAACUGCCCACGAGCGGGGGCGGCGACGACCCUUACGCCCUCUACACCACGAGCAGUCAGCUGAUCUUGCCCUUGGGGAAGAACCACCUCAGCGGCAUCACGGUCGAGUGCGAGGGGAAAGUCCUUAACCUCGCUGUCAAGAAAUCCGUCUUUGCUGCUGUGGUUCAACAGAGUUCGACCUUCUCAUUUUUUAACGCUGGCGCUCCACGUGUUAACCCCCCAACUAUGGUUCUGGUCGUCGUCUCCGCUGCCCUCACACACCUCCUGAAGACCUGAUGAAGCUGCUGGUCACCAGUGAUUACCGGCGGCCUGUUGGAAUGAAGAGGAAGGGAAGAGAGACAAAGAAGAAGAAAGGAGAAGUGGAAAGGAAAAG